UCCCUCAACGCCGGCCUCGAAGGCAUUGACGAUCGUGGGCUCUGGCCAUUGACGGUGUAUGCGGACAGUAUUCAGCUGAUCGUGCGAAUAGGACUGAUUAAGGCUGUUGGGUCACUUACACCCGAACAUUCUGGCAUCGGUUUGGGGAUAAACCUCGAAUGGAUAUGAUCGCACUCGUAACAUCACCACUACACAUCCACCCUCUUCUCAGCAAACAUGCAACUUCUGGCUAUUGCAUCCCUUGUCGUAUUCGCCUUCAGCGGCGUUCAGGCUUAUAACCCUAUCGGACAACCUUGCGAUAGUCCUGGUGGUUACGGGUGCUCUCAGGACGCCUCCAUCAACGGGGGUAACGCUUUCGUGUACACCUGCUCAGGCAGCGACGUCUUCGUCUAUUCUGCGGGUUGUGCGUGUCCCACCUGCUGUGUGGCAACUACGGGAGGUGCAUACUGCACUUAGACUAACAAAGACGGUCACCGAGAUGUCCUUUGAACAGUGCCAGUGAAGUUACAUUAUGUCCGCUAGUACUUACCUUCGGCUUCCGAUUUGUACCGUAUCAUUCGCUCUGUCUGUAUCGUGUAAUACUAUAAGCCCCCAUCCUUUUGGAUGGGAAGCUUAAGCUUAAGUGGGCAA